AUGGCUCCGGCAGCACCAGGAGAACCUGGAGAAGGUCACAAGCCGCAGCCUCUGGGCGGGAACAUGCCCAUGAUCUUCCUAUUCACGACAUGCACGCUGUGCGCACUAUUUCUCCUGUGGAGACGCGCCGAGACGCUACGGAAUAUCGUCUCGCAGGCCCUUCAUUUAAAGACAUGGUCAAAUUCAGAGGGCAAUAUCAGGCUCAGUGAAGACGACGGGCCGUCCUCGAGGGAGUUCCUGGAUAAUGACGACGACGACGAUGCUCCUGUGCUGGACCUGACGGACUCACGCUCGCUGAUGGACGUGUCGUCGGAGGCGCGAUUAGCAUUUUCUGAUUCGCCACCACGGAGCCCGCCCCCACUGCCGAUUCCAGCCUCGUUGCCAACUGCAACUAGCGGAGCGAAUAUAUAA